AUGGCGGCUCCUGUGCUGCCUGACCUGGACACCGCUGAGGGGAGGGCCGAGGCCAUAAGACUCCUGGACCCAGACUUCCAGGGGUUGCUUGAAAGGAAGGGUCUGUCAGACAGACUCCAAGGCACACUGUCGAACGCAGGGGUUCGUAGCAUCAGCCUGUUUUCAGUCAUUGGGGACACGGCUGCGGAGGUCAGGACCUUUGCGGUGGACCACUGCAACUUGGAUAGAGGAAGGGAUGUGGUAGCAGUGGCCGGUAUGAUCGAUGCAUGGCAGGCCAGCAAGACCAGGAUGGCCACGAGAAACCAGUCGGAGGCCGACGCCGUGAAUGCAUCGAUACCACCGCCGCUGAAUAAGGCAGAAGCCCAAGACCUGCGGGUGCGCUUCGAGCAGCUGCAUUACAAGUUGGAGGACAAGGUCACGCCGUCCACCGGCACUCUGGAGCAGCUGUUCGAACAGAUCGAGACAGGUGAAUGGAAGAGGAUGUCCCUGGUGAUGUUUCUCAGCAGGGACGAUGCAGACUCGGAACCGAUGGCCGCGACCCUGGACAAGAACGGCACCGUGCGGGUCAAGAAGGGCUAUGGAGAGAGCAAGCCACCAAAGUCCGGGGAGGAUCUUCGACAGAGGGUCAAACUCCUCGGACACACCUACCUGUUCGCGCAGUUGAAAUUCCCCAACAGACAUGAGUUGAGGAAUAUAGGUCCCAACUUGUUUCACAAGUACGCUGACUUUCUCCUUGGGGAACACGUCAUGGGACUUCAGGCAAAGGACUCGCGUGGUGAAGUCGUGGCAACGCCAAGCUUGGAGCUGGUGUUGAGUUAUGAGUUCCAAGUGAGGAAACUGAUGGUGAAGUAUAUGAACGAGGGCACAGAGAUGGUGCAGGCGUUGGAAGACGCGAUGAAGGACCCCACCAUCAAAGAACGGUAUUUCCUCACACCAGCCGCCCUUGAUGCAGCCAUGAGCGGAAGGGAUCAGGGCAGGAAGUCAAGGUCUCCCCGGAGAGAACGCUCUCGGGAGGAAUCAUACCCCAGGGGAUCGCAAUCCUUUGGGAAGGGCAAGGGAGGCAAGGGACGCAAGGGCAAAGGAAAGUCCAUGCACACGAAGGCUCCCUCCCCCUUGGGUGCAGAGGAUGACAAGACAAGGAGGGACACAGUUCAGGUGACAGAAGGGUCAUCUGAAGUUUUGGAAGAGACCGCAGUUGACCACAAGAACAGCGGUAGGGGCCCAGGCAGGGCCGAGAUUCCUUCAAGUUUCACCCUGAAGGUACUCUACCUCUUCGCAGGGGCGGAGCGUAAGACGUCUGUGGUCGAAUGCUUGCGUCGUCUGACAAAAGAUGCGGGCUGGGAACUUGAGGCGCAUGAGAUUGACCUCAAAAGAGGCCCACCGCCUCUUCGAAGCAAGGCCUGGGGUCCAUGCCAGUGGCCAGUCAUGGACGAAGACAAUGUUUACCAGGGACCUCUGGAACGCAAUUGCCAGUGCAAAGUGACGAUGUCGCUGGCAAGAAAAGAAGAAGAUGAAGGGUUCCGCACCUCCGGAACCGAUGUAUACCCACCAAAGCUGGACCUGGGUAUAGCAGAAGCACUGAUGUCACAUAUCCAGACAGCCUUGGACGCUUCCUCCAAGGAGGGGGAAGGGGAAUCAUCCAAGGAGGCUGACACAGAGGAGGUCUCUACAAGAAAGGAUUGUAAAGACGACACGAAGAAGGAGCGUGUGACAAAGAUCCCUGUAGAAGAGGAGUACAGGGAUCAAGAGGAAGGAGUCCCCGUGUAUGAGGAUACGGGGUUCAGAGGGACGGCCAAACGACCCAUCAAAUGCUACUACAAAGGCCGUCAUAGGAGAAGGCCGAAUGACAGGGAAUCGGAGGUGAACUUCAGGCGACUGAAAUGCAUGCUUGAGGCCGUGGGCGAUGUGGACCACUCAUGGCUGGAAGAGGUUGCGGAAGAAGGAGUAUGCUUGGGGGUAGACGAAGAGCUACCCAGGGUACCAGAGGUAUUCGAAGAAAAGGAAAAGUGGAAUCUUAGUUUCACGGAAGAAGACUUUCGUGACACGCUUGCGGACAACUACAAGUCUGCCGAGGAUAACUCGGUGGACAUAGCAAGACAGGUGGCGGAGGAGGUCGAGAGGGGCUCGAUCAUCAGGAUGAGUCUGAAAGAGGCUGAGAAGAAGUAUGCGGGAAGGUUGGCGAUAGCCGCACUUGGGGCGGUCCCGAAGGAGCAGGGAUCGGAUGUGGUGAGGAUCGUCCACGACGGUUCAUAUUCGGUGGAUGUGAACCAUCGGAUAAAGGUCAGGGAUCGCAUGAGAUUCCCGACAGUGGAUGACGCGGCAGGGGUGCUCAUGCACCUAGAGGAUCAGGCAGAAGAGGAGAAGGGCCUGGUCAGGUUUUCUAUGUUAUAUGAUGUGGCAAGAGCUCAUAAGCUCUUGCCGGUGAAGGAGAAGGACUGGGGUUUGCAGGCCUUUAGGCUGCCAGGCAAAGAGGAGGAGAUGAAGGAAGAGGUCUUCCUUCAUACGAGAGGCACCUUUGGAAUAGCGUCAGCAGCAUACUGGUGGCAGAGGCUGGCCGCUGGCGUUGUCCGCCUAGGGCACGUUUUGGCAGGGGUGGAGCUUGGCAUAUUACACCUGCUGUUUGCCGAUGACGGUUGGAUGGUUGCCACGGGAGGUUUCUUUUGGAGGAAACUGCUCUUCUGGCUUUUCAUUUUGGAUCUGUUGGAGAUUCCUCUCUCUUGGAAGAAGGUGAGAGGGGGGGUCAAAGUCCAAUGGAUUGGUUACCAGAUCGAUGUGCAGAUGUUCGAGAAAGGAAUCUCGAGCAGGAAGGUGAAAUGGGUCGAAGAAUGGAUCAGCAGUCAUCUGAUCUCAGAAGGAGUGGUCGGAAGAGAUCUCCGAUCAGCAUUGGGGAGGUUCGGAUUCGUCGCAGGUGCUUUGCAUCAUGUCCGACCCUUCCUCGGCCCGCUGUUCGCGUGGUCGGCAGUACUUGCUCCAGGGACAUUUGCCAAGUUCCUGGAGGCGAUAAGGAUCCUGCUGGAAUAUGUGAAGAUGCAGAUCUCCUUGGAGUCAAUGUGCAAGCCAAGGAGAGUAAAAGAAAGGUCCCGCGAGGCGUUCAGAGUGGAUGCCAAGGCAGAAGGCGAGUGCAUUGUGAUCGGGGGAUGGGAGAUCCCUCGAGGGAGCUCGAAUGAGAAAGAAAGAUGGUUUUCCAUUCGUCUGAAUAGACGCAAUGCACCGUGGGCCUACAUGAAAGGCGAACCAUUCCGAAACAUCGCAUCGCUGGAACUGACUGCAGUGCUGGUAGCAGUUAUCCUCUUUGGGGACAACUUGGUGGACGACGAGGGUAUCAGCACGUUGACGUUGUCUGCCAGCACGGACAACCUGGGAAACACAUACGUGUUGCAGCACUUUAUGUCUUGUAAGUAUCCUCUCUCGAUAGUUGUUAUGGAACUAGCCAUGCAACUCAAGAAGUGCAACCUGGAAUUGGAUCUGGGUUGGGUGCCAAGAGAUCAGAACACCGAAGCAGAUGCACUCACGAAUAGCGAUUUCUCAGGCUUCCUGCCCGAGAAAAGGAUCGAGAGAAACUUCGAAGACAUACAGUUUGAAGUCCUAGACCAGCUUGUCGAGAAAGCAGGAGAACUCGACAAAGACAUCAGGCUAGCAAAGUCUUCGAAGGAGCUGAAGGGCGAUAGGCCUGAAGAAACGAUCCGCAAGAGAAAGCGGGGUCAAACUAGAUGGGAAGAUCCAUGGUGA